AAAGGUAUCAACCGAAAGAAAGCAGCGGAAACAACGAACCUAGGCAUUGGAUCACAAAACAAAAGCCAACAGCAGAACACACUCUCACAGUCUCACAGAUUGCUUUCGAUUCAUUCAAAAAGAACUUUCGAAGCCAGAGAAACAAAAAAAUCAGCGGGGAAAGCAAGAAAGGACAAAGAAGUUAACAGAGUAAUGGCUUCUGGCGGCAGAGCAGUUCACUCCCAGCAGCAGCAACAGCAGCAGCAGCAACAGCAAGCUCAGUCUUCGGGCACCAGCAACAUGAGGGCGCCCCACGGGCAUAACCACCAGGCCGACUCCAUCAGCAAAGCCAUUGCUCAGUACACGGUCGACGCUCGACUCCAUGCUGUUUUCGAAAAAUCUGGGGAAUCCGGUAAGUCCUUUGAUUACUCCCAAUCCGUUAGAACCACCACCCAAUCCGUUCCAGAACAACAAAUCACAGCUUAUCUGUCUAAAAUCCAAAGAGGCGGCCACAUCCAGCCAUUUGGCUGCAUGAUAGCAGUUGACGAACCCAGUUUCCUCGUCAUCGCGUACAGCGAAAACGCGCGUGAGAUGCUUGGAAUAACCCCUCAAUCUGUUCCCAAUUUGGAGAAAACCGAAGUGCUCACAAUUGGGACUGAUGUUCGCACCCUUUUCACACCUUCCAGCGCAAUUCUGUUAGAAAAAGCCUUUGGGGCGCGCGAAAUCACGUUGCUGAAUCCGGUUUGGAUUCACUCAAAGAACUCAGGGAAACCCUUUUACGCUAUUUUGCAUAGGAUUGAUGUUGGAAUUGUGAUUGAUUUGGAACCUGCAAGAACAGAGGACCCUGCCCUGUCUAUUGCAGGGGCUGUCCAGUCACAAAAAUUAGCUGUCCGUGCAAUUUCUCAGUUACAAUCCCUCCCCGGUGGCGAUAUUAAACUCUUGUGUGAUACUGUUGUGGAGAGUGUUAGAGAGCUUACCGGAUAUGAUAGGGUAAUGGUUUAUAAGUUUCAUGAGGAUGAGCAUGGGGAGGUUGUGGCUGAGAGUCAAAGGCCUGACUUGGAUCCUUACAUUGGUUUGCAUUAUCCUGCAUCUGAUAUUCCUCAGGCGUCGAGGUUUUUGUUUAAACAGAACAGAGUUAGGAUGAUAGCAGACUGCCAUGCCAUGCCUGUGCGUGUGGUUCAGGAUGAUGGGUUAAUGCAGCCUCUGUGCUUGGUUGGUUCUACUCUUCGUGCUCCUCACGGUUGCCAUGCUCAGUAUAUGGCUAAUAUGGGGUCAAUUGCUUCUUUGGCAAUGGCAGUUAUUAUCAAUGGAAAUGAUGAGGAAGCUAUUGGGGGAAGAAAUUCAAUGAGGCUUUGGGGUUUGGUUGUUUGUCAUCAUACUUCUGCUCGUUGCAUUCCAUUUCCCCUUCGAUACGCGUGUGAGUUCCUAAUGCAAGCGUUUGGACUUCAAUUGAAUAUGGAAUUGCAAUUGGCAUCUCAGUUGUCUGAGAAACGUGUUUUAAAGACUCAAACUCUUUUGUGUGAUAUGCUUCUUCGUGACUCUCCAACUGGGAUUGUUACUCAAAGUCCCAGCAUUAUGGAUAUUGUGAAAUGUGAUGGGGCUGCUCUUUAUUACCAAGGUAAAUAUUACCCAUUAGGUGUGACCCCAACUGAGGCCCAGAUAAAAAAUAUUGUCGAGUGGUUGUUGGCAUUCCACGGAGACUCAACUGGUUUAAGCACAGACAGUUUGGCUGAUGCUGGCUACCCCGAGGCAGCCUCACUUGGGGAUGCAGUUAGUGGGCUGGCUGUUGCCUAUAUCACUAAAAGGGAUUUUCUAUUUUGGUUCCGGUCCCACACAGCAAAAGAGAUUAAAUGGGGUGGUGCAAAGCAUCACCCAGAGGACAAGGAUGAUGGACAAAGAAUGCACCCACGGUCUUCAUUCAAGGCAUUUCUGGAAGUGGUCAAAAGUCGGAGUUUGCCAUGGGAGAAUGCAGAAAUGGAUGCAAUUCACUCACUGCAGCUUAUUCUGCGUGACUCAUUCAGGGAUAAUCAAGCAAGCAAUUCUAAAGCUGUUGUACAUGCUCAGCUUGGGGAACUAGAGCUACAAGGAGUGGAUGAGCUCAGCUCAGUUGCAAGAGAAAUGGUGAGGUUAAUAGAGACUGCAACUGCUCCCAUAUUUGCUGUAGAUGUUGAAGGUCUCAUUAAUGGGUGGAAUGCAAAGGUUGCAGAACUGACAGGGCUCUCAGUUGAGGAAGCCAUGGGGAAGUCCUUGGUUCAUGAUCUUGUUUACAAGGAAUAUCAAGAAACUGUCUACAAGCUUCUUAGUCGUGCUUUGCAAGGUGAAGAAGAUAAAAAUGUAGAGAUAAAAUUGAGGACUUUUGGCUCAGAAGGUCAUAAAAAAGCUAUAUAUGUGGUGGUCAAUGCUUGCUCUAGUAAGGAUUAUAAAAAUAAUAUAGUUGGAGUUUGCUUUGUUGGUCAGGAUGUUACUGGUCAAAAGGUGGUGAUGGACAAAUUCAUCCACAUACAAGGUGAUUAUAAGGCCAUUGUUCAUAGUCCCAAUCCUUUGAUCCCACCCAUUUUUGCUUCAGAUGAAAACACAUGUUGCUUGGAGUGGAACACAGCCAUGGAAAAGCUCACUGGGUGGACUCGAGAGGAAAUCAUAGGAAAAAUGUUGGUUGGUGAGGUUUUCGGCAGUUGCUGUCGCCUCAAGGGUCCAGAUGCUUUGACAAAAUUCAUGAUUCUUUUACACAAUGCCAUUGGAGGGCUGGAGGCAGAUAAGUUCCCUUUUUCCUUCUUUGACCGCAACGCGAAAUAUGUGCAGGCACUCUUGACGGCAAACAAAAGGGUCAAUAUGGAAGGCCAGGUUGUAGGAGCCUUUUGCUUCCUGCAGAUUGCAAGUCCAGAGUUGCAGCAAGCACUGAAAGUCCAGAGGCAACAGGAAAAGAAGUGCUUUGCUAGGAUGAAAGAGUUGACCUACAUUUGCCAGGAAAUUAAGAGUCCUUUGAAUGGGAUCCGCUUUACUAACUCACUUUUGGAAGCUACAGAGCUGACUGAAGAUCAAAAGCAGUUUCUUGAGACUAGUGCUGCUUGUGAGAAGCAAAUGUUGAAGAUUAUAAGAGAUGUUGAUGUGGAGAGCAUUGAGGAUGGUUCUAUGGAGCUUGAAAGGGCUGACUUUUAUCUUGGGAGUGUCAUAAAUGCUGUUGUUAGCCAAGUAAUGCUACUGCUGAGGGAAAGAAAUCUGCAGUUAAUUCGGGAUAUUCCCGAGGAGAUCAAAACUCUGGCUGUUUAUGGUGAUCAGGUGAGAAUCCAACAGGUAUUGGCUGAAUAUUUGUUGAAUAUGGUGCGUUAUGCACCAUCUGCCGAAGGUUGGGUAGAGAUUCAUGUUUGUCCCACUUUGAAGCGAAUUUCUGAUGGACUUACUGUUGUGCGUACUGAAUUCAGGAUGGUAUGCCCUGGUGAAGGUCUUCCUCCUGAAUUGGUUCAAGACAUGUUCCAUAGCAGUCGAUGGAUGACACAAGAGGGCUUAGGGUUGAGCAUGUGCCGAAAAAUCUUAAAGCUCAUGAAUGGUGAGGUCCAAUAUAUCAGAGAAUCAGAAAGAUGUUAUUUCUUAAUCAUCCUUGAACUUCCUGUACCUCGGAGAGGCUCAAAGAGUGUUGACUGGGUUAUCUGCCCUUGAGAUCCCCAAUACUUCAGACCUUCAUCAAAUUUAACCCGAGUUCUUUUUCCGUCAUAUACCCAAACCUUUGCUUAUCCCAGUUUCAUGGCUUAUACAUGACCUAGAGCCACCUGAUUCAGCUGAUGGUACUCAACAGAUCUAAAAAUUCUGGUCUACUCAUGUUGAAAUGUUAUUAGUGCUUGCUGUUUCCCGGUAUGUUCCAGAUCAAAUAACCUUAUCAUGUGAGCCAAGCUGAUCGAAUCCUUGCCCUGAGUGUAGUUGUAAAAAAUCAUAAUGAUGCAGAUUGUACUGCAUAUUGUGAACUGUUGUGUUAUUCAUUAAGCAGGAGUAAAUGAGAGUAAUUAUAGAAUGUUGUAGACCCUUCCACAACAAAAGGCUGUUGUGGUACUGGGCUUGCGGUCAGAUUGAGAAGCUGUCUUCCGCCACAACAUAUAUUCUAGAUGUAUCAUAUGAGUUAGAUCUUCUCAUGAUCCUAAGAUAAUUGUAACAUAUCCACCUACCUUAGGUUUUGCGCUCAAAAAUUUUUCCUUUCCCCUCCCCAUGUAAUAAAAUCAGUUCUCCUGCUCUGGUUGUUGAAAUUUAUGUAACCCUAGUAUUCUGACAAUCUGAUGUA